AUGAAUAUUGCAUCAGAUGAUGAUGAUGGACUUACAAGUCUUGAAUCACCUGAUGGAGAUGCUGUCCAGCAUAUCCCCAGAGGGGAAAGUACUUGUGCGGCUGAGGAGGAAUUACUGCAAUCUGGUGCGAAGAAAGCUCAGUGCAUUCACUGUAAAUCUAUCAUUGGCAUUCCUGCUUCGGGCGCCACAACUCAAUUUCAUAGGCACUUGAAUAGCUGCAUUCCACGCAUAGCAGCUAGCAAGAAGCAGAAGGUGAUUACAUUUGACUCUGAUUGUAGCAGUGUGGGCUCCGCAUCAUGUUUUACUUAUGAUCAUAAGAAGGUACGAGAGCUUACUUCUCAUAUGAUACUUUACUAUGAGUAUCCUUUUAUGGUAGUGGAACAUAUUUUGUUUAACAAGUUUAUGAGGGCUAACACUCCUUAUUGGCAAAAGAUAUCACGUGCAACUACUAAAAGUGAUUGUAUAUCUACCUAUGAAAUAGAGAAAAAGAAGCUGAAAAAUUUGUUGAGAAAUGUUAACAAAGUAAACAUAACUACUGAUAUGUGGACCUCAGGUCAGAGAGUGUCUUAUAUGGUAGUUACAUGUCAUUUUGUUGAUUCUUGGUGGCAUUUACAAAAAUGUGUUUUGAACUUUUUUUAUGUCCCACCCCCUCAUAGUAGUGUUAUAAUUGCUGAUGCACUUCAAAAGAGUUUCAUUGAGUGGGGAAUUGAGAAUAACGUAUCUACAAUAACAAUAGACAAUGCAAGAAACAAUGAUGUGGCCAUUCGAAUUUUAAAAUAUGUUUUUUCUUUGAAAAAGACUUUAGUUGUUAAGGGACAACUCUUUCAUGUACGUUGUUGUGCUCAUAUUACUAAUCUGUUGGUGCAAAAUGGUAUUAGCCAAAUUGGAGAUAUUGUAGAUUGUGUUAGGGAUGGUAUAAAGUAUAUAGUUGCAUCGGAGGGUAGGUUGAAGCAAUUUGCUGAAAUUGCAAAGCAGUUACAAUUGUCCUAUAAGAAACUGAUUUUAGAUGUUCCUACUAGGUGGAAUAGCACUUAUAUGAUGUUGUCUACUGCAUUAGAGUUUAGGGAGGUGUUCCCAAGGUAUGAAGAUAGGGAUCAAAGCUUUCGUUGGGUGCCAAGUGUUGAUGAUUGGGUUAAAGUUGAGAAUGUUUGUCAUGUUUUAGAGGUUUUUAAUGAGGUGACAAAGAUAGUAUCAGGGAGUAAUUACCCAACUUCUAAUUUAUUUCUUCCUGAGGUUUGGAGAAUAAGAGAUGUGUUGGGUAAAAAAUCUAAGGAUGCCAAUGUUUAUGUAAGAACAAUGGCAGAAAAAAUGUAUUUGAAAUUUGAUAAAUACUGGGAGGAAUGCAAUCUGCUCAUGGCUAUUGGUGCUAUUUUGGAUCCAAGGUUUAAGUUGAAAUUUGUACAAUUUUGUUUCCCUGAAAUUUAUGAAGAGCCUGAAGCCACUAGAAAUGUUGAAAAGGUACAUAGUAUCUUAAAUGAGUUGUAUGGUGAGUAUGUUGGUGCCCACAACUUAUCUACUGUCCCAAACCGUGGGCAUCAAAGUAAUUCUAAUUCUGCUUCAUCUUCAAGUGAUGGUUCAUCUAGUGGUGUUCAAAGGAGCACUAAAAGUGGAAUGACUAUGUUUAACUCUUUUGUAAGAAGUGUUGAUACCUUUCAACCUGUGAAGUCGGAUCUGGAAAUAUAUUUGGAAGAAGAUGUUUAUAUCUGUGAUGAGGGUGCUGAUUUGAAGUUUGAUGCUUUGGAGUUGUGGAAAUCCAAUCAACUUAAGUACCGCAUUUUAUCUAAGAUGGCACGGGACAUCCUUUCAAUUCCUAUCACUACAGUGAGUUCGGAAUCAACAUUUAGUGCUGGUGGAAGGGUCAUUGAUCCCUAUCGUGCAUCUUUAUCUACUAAAACUGUUGAAAUUCUGUUGUGUGGAGCUGAUUGGGUUCGAGCACUACAUGGACUUAGUAAAUCUUCUAAUGUGAGUAUUAUAAUUUGUAGGUGUGUUGCUAAAUGA